AUGACGACGGAGGUGCGAGAGCAAGCCCAACAAGACCCACCCACUGACCGCCCCGUUCGAGUCUACGCCGAUGGCAUCUACGAUCUCUUCCACUACGGCCAUGCCCGUUCCCUUGAGCAAGCCAAGAAACUGUUCCCCAAUACUUACCUGUUGGUGGGAUGCUGCAAUGAUGAACUCACACACCAAUUUAAGGGUAAAACUGUCAUGACUGAUAAAGAGCGCUACGAGUCUCUACGACACUGCAAGUGGGUGGAUGAGGUCAUCCCUGAUGCACCAUGGGUAGUCACAGCAGAGUUCCUGGAUAAACAUCAGAUAGAUUAUGUGGCUCACGACGCCCUUCCCUAUGCUGAUGCAAGUGGUGCUUCGAAUGAUGUCUAUGAUUUUGUUAAGAAAGCUGGAAAGUUCAAAGAAACUAAACGAGCCGACGGGAUCUCCACAUCAGAUCUCAUAAUGAGGAUUGUGAAGGAUUACAAUGAAUAUGUGACGCGUAAUUUGGCACGUGGAUAUACAAGAAAAGAUCUCGGUGUUAGCUAUGUGAAGGAAAAACGUCUUAGGGUAAAUAUGGGUCUUAAAAAGCUGCAGGAGAAUGUGAAGAGGCACCGAGAAAAAGUGGAAGAAAAGAUACAAGUAGUUACGAAAACUGCUCGUGUUCAUCGGAAUGAAUGGGUUGAGAAUGCAGAUAGAUUGGUUGCUGGCUUUCUUGAAAUGUUUGAGGAAGGAUGCCAUAAAAUGGGAACAGCCAUCAAAGAGCGAUUGACGAAGCAACAACUGAUGGCAAUAAUAUACGACAAAGAAGGUGUCACAGAUGAUGAUUCUGAUGACGAGUAUUACUAUGAUGAUUAUGAGGAGGAUGACUCUGUAGAGGAAGACUCUUCCGAUGAGAAGGGUAAAUGA